AUGAACUAUUUAAAUUCCUAUCCGCAAUAUGUAGACGCACAAAUAACCGUAACUCCGCAUGGUGAUAAUGUCGAAGAUGAUGACAAGGCAAAAGCUCACAUUCCAGUACGCCCACCUCCACCCCUUCCACCUAGAACUAAUGAUAACAAACUAGUUGCUGGUAAUUCUACCUCGCAAGACGACCAGUUAUUACCCCCGCUUCCUCCACGAAAUCCAAAAGGCCUGAGGAAUGCAGCAGAUGUUAACAACACAUCACGCACACAUCACAAUAAUUAUAAUAUCAAUGGAUCUGAUGAUAUUGAGAUAAUCGAUCGGACACCACCUCCACUGCCACCACGCAAACUAAGUAUAAAAUCAGGAAAAAAUAAUUCAACAUCAUCACCAACAUCACCAAUACACAUAUCAUUUUCGCAUCGAAACCGACGUUUCGACACCUGGUUCGAAACGCGACAUCCAACUAUACGACAAUACAAAAAAGCGUUAUAUGUUGCUUUGGUGCUGUUUGUGAUUGGGGUCGUUGUGGUGAUUCUGUUGGCUGUAAUUGGGAAAUUUAAUGGGAAUGGGCCAGGAAUUGGAUCUGGUGGUAGCGCGGAUGUUGGAAGACCGGGGCUGACGUUGAGUGGAUCUGGUGAUGGAACUUAUUAUGAUCCAGGUGUGGGAACAGGAGCGUGUGGCGAAUUGAACAAUGAUCACGAAUUUGUUGCUGCACUUAAUGCGCCUCAAUUCGGAGUCUUUGCGAAUCCGGCAAACUCUCCCGUAUGCGGUGCAUGUAUAAAAAUCAACGGCCCCAAAGGGAGUGUUAAAGUAAAAAUAAUGGAUAAAUGUCCUGUUUGUAAAAGUGGUGACGUUGAUUUAUCACCCGUUGCUUUUAAUAAAAUUGCAAAUGAAGCAGAUGGUCGUGUAAAGAUCACAUGGACUGGAUGUUGA